AUGACCAGUGUCAUAUUCUUUUCUCCAUACCCUGUCUCCCCUUCCCCCUCUCGCCUCUCCCCAUCAACCUCACAUCUGUCGUCACCAGGAGGUGGGCGUAAAGAGCAAGCGGCACAUGAUGCUCAUGCUGCGGAGGCGGGGGUGAAGAGCAAGCGGCACAUGAAGCUCAUGCUGCGGUGGCUCAUGGAGAAGAAUCAGAUCCGCAUCAAGUGCCUCACACAUGACCCCUCAGCGCCACACCAAGCAGGUUCGGCAGGGUCAGCAGGUUCGGCAGGUGGUGCAGCGGCUGCCGCUGCUGCUUCGAGGGGAGCUGGAUCGGGUGCCUUUGCUGCGGCGGCAGCGGGUAGAGUGCAACCGGCUGGUGUGAAGAAGAGAGCUUCGAAGCAUGUGUCUGUAGAGAAGGAAUUUAUUUACUCCAUUGCCCCGAGAUAUGUUCCACCAAGCUCGUCAUGA